AUGAUAAUUGAAACUAUAAUAUCUAUUCUAGCAUACAGUGUAUACAUUGUCCUAGGAAUUCUGUUCAUUGACUUUGUAUUGGUGAGAAUCCCAGUAUAAUUCAUUAGCUACAGAUUCUACAAAAAGUAAAAUAUGCAAUUCAUUGGGAGAUGUAUUCCUGGAGUUGGAGACUUUAUGAAACUAGUAGAAACUAUGUAAAAGCAUGAGGAUUACAGCCCAUUUCAUCCUCUAAAGAGAGAGAAGUAUGGAUCAAAUCCUCCUGGAAUAGUAGGUCUCAUGAUGCACUACAAACCUAUAUUUAUCAUUAACAAACCAGAAUAUCUGACAGACUUGUACGUAAGCAAAGCUAAAUAUCUAGAUAAGGAGCCUAUGACGAAGCUUUAACUAAAAACUCUUCUUGGAAACUCGUCACUAAUGAUGGAAACGACAGAUGAGUAAUCUUACAAAAGAAAGAUGAUCUCGACUGCCUUUUACAAAGAUAAACUGCUUAAAAUGACAGAGAUUAUGAAAGAUUUAGUGGCUAAAAAAGCUGACUACUUGGAGAGUGAGUAUCUUAACAAGAAUUUACCUUUUAACUUACUGACAGAAUUGAACGAUCUACAUAUAAGAAUAAUAAUCUCAACCGCAUUCGGAGAAGAUAUUCAAAAUGCUAAAAUAUGUCAGGUUAAAAAUGGAUAGUAAGUUAUGAUGGGCAUGGGCGAAGCACUAAGAGAACUUUUCUUGUAUGUAGCAUAUAGAGGGGGUAGAAAGUUGUUCUUUUGGAGUCCACUCAUGAUUCUCUUCUUUUACAAUAAAAAGGACAGAGAGUACAUUAAAAAUACAACAACUGUUCGAGAGUAUUGCCGAGAUUUGAUCAAAUAAAGAAGAGCUAAUCUAGACAACUAAUCUGGUAAAGACUUAUUGACAAUUAUGCUGAAUGAUGAAAACUAUAAGAAUAAUGAAGAAGAGAUAAUAGACGAAUGUAUUACAUUCUUCCUUGCAGGGUCUUAAACUGUGAUAUCGAGUAAUGCAAAUCUUAUUCAAUACCUUACAAUGAAUCCAAAAAUUGAUCGAAAAGUCAGACAAGAAAUCAAACAAGAAAUCUUAAAUGAUAGUGAUCUAACCAAAGUAGUUGAUAUUAACGCUGCCUUUAAAUAUGACAAACUCCAAGAUCUUAACUACUUUAUGAUGUGCUUUAAUGAAUCAUUGAGAAUAGAACCUCCAGUAAUUUUCAGUUCACUACUAUUAUUUAAGGAAGACACAAAGAUUAAUGAGGAAUUCGUAAUUAAGAAAGGAGAUAAUUUAGUACUUGAUUUCUAAGAGAUACAUCAUGACUAGGAUUAAUGGAUUGAUCAUGAGAAGUUUAUACCUGAGAGAUUCGAUCCCCAUAGUGAUUUUUAUCAUAAGCCAAAUGGUGAAAAAAGACAUCCAUUGGCUUUUACACCCUUCUUUGGUGGUAGAAGGAUAUGUAUUGGUAAGACAUUUGCUGAAACAGUGGCUAAAUUUGUAGUUCCUGGAUUAAUGUCUAGAUUUGAAUUUUCGUUUGCUGAUCUUAAUGCCUACAAGGUAAAGCCUAUUCUUAAUGUUGAUAUGGUUGUUUAACCUAAGAUUAUGAUGAAAAUCAAGAGGGCAUAAUUUUGA